AUUCCAGAGACAUUGACAUCACUUACAUUUGGACCAUACUUUGAUGAUAUGAUAUAUCCAGGAUCUUUGCCAGACUCAAUAACAAGGAUCACCUUUAGUCAUAUGCAUAAUCAUGGAAUCCAUGUGGAUGGUCUUCCAAAGUCAUUGACAAAGCUCAAGUUUGGAUAUACAUACAACAAAACAUUAUUAGUAGGAGCACUCCCAGCAGGACUCCAAUCACUCUCAUUCGGUCAUUCAUUCAAUCAAUCAAUUACAGUUGGGUCGCUGCCAUCAACGCUCAGAAGUCUGACCUUUGGUGACAAGUUCGUUCACACGUCAUCCAUACAACAUUGGCUGCCAUCAUCAGUGACUAAGUUGAAGUUGGGCAAGAUGUCGGCGUUGGCACCCGGUGCACUGGUCUCGAGCUCACUCACCAAACUCUCAUUCACCUUCAACUAUAAUGGAGUGAUCAAACAUAAUGUACUCCCAUUAACAUUGAAGUACCUGGAGUUUGGUUACAUGUACAAUCAACCCAUCACUCGACCAGAUGUCCUCCCGCCAGCUCUCAAGUCAUUGACAUUUGGUCACAUGUUCAAUCAAGUUAUCGGACCAUCAAUAAUACCUCGAUCACUAAAGACUUUGAUCUUUGGACAGAAGUUCAAUUGCUCUCUGGAUAGAGGUGCCUUGCCACGCUCUCUCACCUCGCUCACUCUGGGAGCAUCAUACAACAGACUUGACACGCCCAAACUUCCAGCCAACCUCAAACAUCUUGUACUUGGAUCAAUGGAUCAAUUGAUAUAUAUCGAUAGGAUAUCACAUCCAAUGCAAUCAAUAAGUGUUACAAUUGAAGCAAUCAUAUCACCGAGUGAUAUUGUUGUAAAGGUACCUACGAAUGGCUCAACACUCAUCAUUGGUAGUAUGAAGUUAAUAUUUGGAAAGGAGACAUCAGAAAGCAAACCAAGACAGAUCAAGGAUUACAUUCAAUUUGCCAACAAAUUACUAAAGUAUGUUCCCAACAUUGGUACUUGUAACAUGUUGUUGGCCGAUGGUAUCACACAACUAAGUCUCAGACCACUGGACCCAAAACCCUCGACCCUUGCCCUCGGUCUAUUGACCACCACUCCAUUGCCAUUACCCAAGAGUACAAUAGUGGAGGAACCGACAAACAUUCUCAAGAUGAUCAACAUGAGG